GCUGCUGCUGCUGCCAUCAGUAUUGCUGCUACAGACACCAGUGACAGACGGGGCGUUCUUACUCUUAAAGUGACUUGGAAGAUGAGGGCUGCCAUCUCACUGCUGGUGCUGCUGCUCUCCAUGUGUGGAGUCGAGGCAGAGAGCAACGGCACUGAUUUUGACCUCUCUACUGAGCUAAAGGAACUCAGAGACAUGGCGGUGGAGCUGAGAGCAGAUAACGUGGCAAUGAAACAACAGCUGGCAGCCAGUGAGAGUAAAGUGGAGGCUCUGGAGGCUGAACAUGUAGCAGUGAAAGGAAGGCUUGUGGCCAGUGAGAGUAAGGUGGAGGCUCUGGAGAGGGCACUACAGGACACCAAUUCAGAAAUGAAGACGGAGGUGGACAAUCUGAAGAAGGAAAAUGUAGCACAAGAGGUAAAGCUGACAGCAGUGAAGACCAGACUAGCAGCCAGUGAGACUGAAGUGAAGAAUCUGGAGAAAGAGAUCAGAGCAGCACCCAAGGUGGCCUUCUCAGCAGGUCUGCGACGGGAAUUUGGAUCCGCAGAGGCGGGGAGUAAUGACCUAAACUUAGUGUUCAAGAGAGUCAUCACCAAUGUAGGAGAGGCCUACAGCAGCACAACUGGCUUCUUCACAGCUCCAGUCAGGGGGGUCUACUACUUCAGGUUCACUGUUAUGGAUGUAUUGUCCUCACGCUGGAUGCAUAUCAGGAUGUGUAAGAAUGGAGAGAAGCUCAUGCAGCUGUAUGAGUAUGACACUGAUGGAAAGCAGACCUAUCUGUCCAGUGGCCUGACUCUGCAGCUGGAGAAGGGAGAUACAGUAAACAUGGUGCUGCCAGCAGACCGCAGGCUCUAUGAUGAUUCUAAUAACUACAGCACCUUCAUUCUAACUCUAUGGAUGCGUAAGAAUGGACAGCAGCUCAUAUAUCUGCAUGAGUAUGGCACUGAUGGACAGCCCUCCUAUCUGUCCAGUGGCCUGACUCUGCAGCUGGAGAAGGGAGAUGUAGUAAACCUGGUGCUGCCAGCAGGCUACAGGCUCUAUGAUGAUGUUAAGUAUAGCUACAGCACCUUCAGUGGCUUCCUGCUCUUCCCUCUCUGA